AGCGCAUCGCCAACGUGUCCCCCACCGACGUCACCAGCCUCAUCUACAUCGCCGGCUACUCUCUCAGCCUGGCCGGCCUGUGCCUCGCCGUCUUCGUCUUCCUUUACUUCAAAGAUCUGCGUUGUCUGCGCAACACGAUCCACACGAAUCUCAUGUCCACCUACAUACUGUCCGCCUGCAGUUGGAUGCUGAACUUAGCUUUACAGAACUGGUCGGACGAGGCGCAGCAGGAGCAGACCUCGUGCAUGGUGCUGGUCAUCUGCAUGCACUACUUCUACCUCACCAACUUCUUCUGGAUGCUGGUGGAAGGUCUAUACCUAUACAUGCUGGUGGUGGAGACGUUCACAGCGGAGAAUAUCAAGCUGAAGGUGUACACAACUAUAGGCUGGGGAGCACCAGCAAUAUUCAUCAUCGUGUGGGUGAUAGCACGAUGUUGCGUCUCUGUCGUACCCUCUACUGGCCCGGAUGGGCUGGCGAUAACAGGCGAGACGAAGAUGUGUCUGUGGAUCCACGAGCACCAGGUGGACUGGAUCCACAAGGCGCCUGCGCUCGUUGGUCUGGCGCUUAACCUGUUCUUCCUCAUUAGGAUAAUGUGGGUCCUUAUCACAAAACUCCGGUCCGCCAACACCCUGGAGACAGAACAGUACCGGAAGGCGACCAAGGCGUUGCUGGUGCUGAUCCCACUGCUGGGCAUCACCAACCUGCUGGUGCUGUGCGGCCCGAGUGACGACUCCUGGUUCGCGUACACCUUCGACUACACUAGAGCUCUGAUGCUGUCUACGCAGGGUUUCACAGUGGCUCUGUUCUAUUGCUUCAUGAACACGGAGGUCCGUCACGCCAUCCGCUACCACGUGGAGCGGUGGAAGACCGGGCGGACGGUGGGCGGAGGCCGGCGGCGCGGAGCCAGCUACUCUAAGGACUGGUCUCCGAGAUCCCGGACUGAGAGUAUUAGGUUGUACAGCCACCCGUCGAAGCGGGAGUCAGCGGCUUCGGAGACCACCACCACCACUCUGCUGGUGCCGCGGAUGUCGCUGGCGCCGCACCACGAUGGACGGCAUCUACAUCCGGACUUGAUAACCAGCGGCAGCGCCAGCGGCGACCAGUCCCCGGUUUGAGGCUGCCGGCGGGGGCGGCUGCUGCGCCUGCGAACAUUGCCCGAGGAGGAGCCCCCUGCGUCCGCCCCCGCCGAUCCCGCCGCCCCCGCCGAAGACGACCCUGCACGCGCUCGCGACUGCACACAGUAGGCAGUGUGACUGUAAAGAAGAAGAUACUCGCGACUGUACACAGCAGGACACCUGUGCACGCGAUUGUACUCAAUAUACUGUGUGACUGUACAGAAGAAGAUACUCGCGACUGUACACAGCAGGACACCUGUGCACGCGAUUGUACUCAAUAUACUGUGUGACUGUACAGAAGAAGAUACUAGCGACUGUACAGUAGAAGACACUGUUCGCUACUAUACGCAGCAGAACACCUGUGCACGCGAUUGUACUAAUAACAUAGCUGAGUGCGUGACUGUACACAGUGAAACGCUUGUGCACGUGACUGUACGUCCUGUGUCAUGACUCAUGUCACAUGUGUGUCUUCUGACUGUACACAACGAGAUACUUCAUACUGCGCGCGAGUAUACUCAGAAGGCGACUGUACAUUGUACACACUGAAACACCUUUUGUACGCACCUGUACACAGUGCGCAGUGAAACACCUAUCCACGCAACUGUACCGAGAGAUUGAUGACUUCAAAUUCCUUCGAAUGCUAAAUAUUUAGCUGCUAGCAAUUCUUUAUCUACAUAACUGUAUAUAUGACACUGUACCCAACUUCUCCACGCGAUGAUACAGUGCGAAACUUUCUUAGCAACUGUGGACAUUAAAGUGUAUACUUACAGAAAAUGUUUAUGCACAGUGCACACUGAACAAAAAGUGUAUUUCUUACCCCCGCUGCCAGCAAUUCUGGAUCUAUAUCCACUACUGGACUAUACUGGACAGUUUCUAAAGCCAUACUUGCAGCUAUUGAGAACCUAAAAUAAAUGUAUACUUAAUAUUAAGCUUUAUGAUAACAAUUUUUGCAACAGGAAUGUGCUUUCACAAAUGCUUGCAGCAAACUACCUCAUACAAUGUACUUUCAGAGAAAUCGAU